UGGUUGCCACAGAGUUGGUAGAGGCCAGACUGAGAUCAACAUAACAAAACAAUUCUGAAUGGUUUCCUAAGAAUGGGGAAUGCAAAAUCUUCAUUUACACAAAUCAAUGCACUUGGUGAUCUCAGCAAUGUCACGAUGAAUGCUGAGCAGUUUCUGAUGGGUUUAUACUUAACUUUCAAAUAAUCACAUACCAUGCUGAAAAAUGAUCGGCAUGUCUUCCAUUUAGCUAAAUGAGGGAGUGACUAAAUGGCCUUUUAUUUAGCAACAGCUAAAAUACUGGAAUGUUUCAGCCAAAGACAAGGGUGAAUUCAACUCAAGUGGAUACAGAGUAUUUGGCUUUCUGAGGCAUGGAAGACAGAACACAAAACGCAUCUUGCACACAGGAUACAGUAAUAAAACCGCCAACAAAAAAAAAAAAAGUGAGAAGGCAAGUUCUCAGAGCCUAGUGCAAAGUGAAAAGGCAUCCUCUGAACCAAGAGGAAGGGAACUGACUCUUCGAUCUUAUGAGGAUUUUGCAUAUAGUACUUGUAAGAAAAACUGCGUUUUUCUAUCCACUUUUCCACUUGACAAGCUGAUUCAGACAAAAGGGGGAAUGAUACAGCCAAGGAAUAGAUAAAAUUAGUCCCCCUGACACACAUGGCUGGUUAUCUUUUCAUUACUGAAAUAACAUGGAGCAAAUAAUGAUGGUUCUUGAAAAGUUAAGAAGUUUUUCCUAAGCUUCAUUUGGUUCAAUUGCUCCGAAUUCCUCAGCCAAUUCUCUAUUGCACUGGCACUUUAUAGUUUUAUCAUUAAAGUCACUUCUUUUUUUUACAAACCCUUACUGUACUAGGUUGUUUUACACAAAAGAUUACGUUUUCGUAUUAGUCUGUUGUUUAAGUCUGUCAGUUGAUGAUUCAUUCUGGCAUUUCUGAACUGAGCCGGGUCAGAUCGAUGUUAGUUUACGUUCUGUGGCUGAACACGGAAGUCCAUAACGUAGUAUUGAUAAAAGCGAGCAACGAAGCGUUUCAAAUAUGUAUCUUAACAUCACAUCGUCCAUGUACUUGAAUCAUACAACUGUUCACGGUUGUGUAUGGCCAUCUCCCAGCAAGAAGACAGAAGCCUGUUAAUCUGAACUCCAGGGUGCCCAACGGCAUGCUCAGACUGUUUUCAUAGCUGAAGGAAAAUGAUGGAAGAGAGUGGAAUAGAGACAACUCCACCUGGCACACCCCCACCGAGCACAGUGGGGGCUACUGCUGCCUCUGCUACACCUGUCUCAUUAGCUUUGUCCAGUCCCCUUGCUACACCAAGCAUGUCAUCUUCUCCAGCAUACUCACCACCCAUGCCAGCUGCAGUGUCUCCACUUCCUCCUCCUAUGAUGACUUCGGCUUCUCUUCCAUUUGUACCUUCCGCAGCAGUUUCUACUAUUGCACCACCUUUAGCUCCUGCCCCACCUCCUAUUGCCCCUUCAGCUUUUAGUACCUCCCUGCCCCAGUUCUCUACACCUCCUCCAUUAAGCUCUACAGCUGGCUCUAGUCUUUCUGCACCUCCCACUGGUCCACCUAUUUCAGGAUUUUCCAUGUCUUCAACCUAUGACAUUACCAGAGGUCAUGCUGGUCGAGCACCACAGAGCCCACUGAUGCCAUCAUUUUCUGCACCUCCGGUCACAGGUGUUUUGGCAGAUCCUAUUACUCAACAAGCAUCUUUCUCAUCCCCUUUGGCUUCUGGAACUGGAAGUGGUUCUGCAAUCACUUUUCCUGAGGAACAUGAAGACCCCAGAGUGUCUACUACUCAGGGUGGAGCACCUGCUGGAGGACUGUGGGGGUUUAUAAAGGGUGUAGCUGAGAAUCCCAUGGUGAAGUCUGUUCUUGAUAAAACCAAACAUUCAGUGGAGUCCAUGAUCACAACACUGGAUCCUGGGAUGGUUCCAUAUAUCAAAACUGGUGGAGAACUGGACAUUGUGGUUACUUCUAAUAAAGAAGUGAAAGUUGCAGCAAUUAGAGAUGCUUUUCAAGAAGUCUUUGGAAUGGCUGUUGUUACUGGAGAGGCUGCACAGUCUAACAUCGCACCCCAACCUGUGGGCUAUGCUGCAGGUUUAAAAGGAGCCCAAGAAAGGAUAGACAGCUUGCGUCGGACAGGAGUAAUACAUGAAAAACAACCUGCUGUGUCAGUGGAAAACUUCAUUGAGGAGUUGCUUCCUGACAAGUGGUUCGACAUUGGAUGUUUAAUUAUUGAAGAUCCAGUUCAUGGAAUUCAUCUGGAAGCUUUUACCCAAGCAACACCAGUGCCUUUACAAUAUGUUCAGCAGGCUAAGAGUCUCACUCCUCAGGACUACAAUCUGAGAUGGUCAGGCCUGUUGGUGACAGUGGGCGAAGUGCUUGAGAAGAAUAUACUGAAUGUCAACAGGACUGAUUGGCACAUGGUAUUCACUGGCAUGUCCCGUCGACAGAUGAUCUACAGCGCGGCCAAGGCUCUAGCAGGAAUGUACAAACAACAUCUACCACCCAGGACCGUUUGAAAAAAGGCUGAUCCAUGACACUAAGGAAUACUGGCUUUGUUUCUGGUGAAAACUACAUAUUCUAAUUCUCAGUGGGGAUACAGCACAGAUUUCUAAUCUACCUGUAAACUGUAUUUUACUUUUUAAGACGUGGAGGUAGUUUCCAAUAGUGGAAAUGAGCAAUUCCAAUUUUUAAUAACCAUGGGAUUUCCAAUAUGAUUCAUAAAAGAGGAAAUCAGAACAAACAGAUAUAUUUAUAAAUAAGACAAAUAACAUCACAGUUUAUAAAUUGGAAUGUGCUAUUACUUGACACCUUCAUAGGCAUUUCUGAAAUGUUUAAUAUUUCAGUUACUCAAUGUACUUUUUUAAAGAUGGGGAUCAUUGUUUAGCUACUUCUAUUACAUUAGUAAUAUAAACAUGUUGACAGCAUAAUAUGUAUGUUAUAUGUGCAUUUCAAUCUAGAGAGACAACUUCUGUAUUAGAUGUUUUGUUGGGGCCUGUGCUUAAGUGGUAUUUUACACAUCAGAGGUUUGGUGUAAGUUUGUUCGUUCUCAGGACUGAUGCUGAGUAGUUUUUUUAACAUGUAACAGUGAACUGCUGAAGAACAGCACAAAUCCAUGCCCAGUUAAUUUGAGUCUGGGCUAAAUAAUUCUUGAAAUCUCAUUUUCCAAGCUGUAUCUUUUUUAUGUAUAGCUUCUCUGUAGCAGAGAUGAAAUCAUCUCCAGUUAAAACACACAGCAGAUUUCAAGUUGCUUCAGUGGCUUUUAGAUCAGGUAGCACAUACACAUGAAAUUAUCUCAGCAUUGCAUUUCAACAUCAUUUACUACAGUAUUUCCAAACCACACAUUUUAUAUGGAAUUAGUAUAAUUUCUUCUAUCAAGUUAUGGUUGUCAGCAAUUGGAUGUGGAAAAUAGUGAGAUGUAUAUCACUUGCUUUGCUAUUCUGCAUUUUCUAAACAUUUAUAAGUCUUAAAUGCCGUCUUGAUGUCAUGGGCUCACUGUUUCUCAUAUAAGUUUUUAGUCUUCUCUGAUUUUUUUCAUGGCUUCAUUCCUUCUAUCUAUGCUCACACAAUCGUAAAUCUUUAUGCAGAAAUAUGGAAGUAAUUGUGAAAAGAAUAUUUUGGUAAUAAUACUUUUUUUAAGAACAAAGAAUAAACAAUUACUUUUUGUUUGCCUUAAACAGUUUUUCAGCUUGUAUUCUUUUGCUUUUACCUUUCUUGAUGCUUUCAAAGGACAUUUUUAUAUGCAAUACUGUUAAGCCAGUUCGUAUUUGUACCCAGUGAAAGCCUGUCUAUUUCCAAGUAAUAUAUUUUGCCUUAAUUGGCUUACUCUGUAAUUUAGUUGAAUAAAUGUUUUUCCUCAAA